CUACAACACACAAACCCACCAACUAUUAUUACCUCUUUUCAUCAUCACUCUUCACUCCUUCUUCAACCCACUUACUCUUACCAAAGGUGCAGACAGGGCUGCAAACACAAAAUCGCAGAACCAUGAAAAUACAGCCAAAGUUAUGGCAAAAGUCGUUCUAAAGUUCAGUGUCUUGUCAACCCUGCUGUUUAUUCAUCAUGUCCAAUAUAAAUGUUCACAUUAAGAUAUGAACUUUAUAUUGUAAAGUCAAAGACCUUCAAAUUUUUGGAAUGGAAAAAAUAUAUUUAUAUAUAAUGUGCGAUAUGAUUCACUUUAUUGAGGUUCUUGUUCUCUCACUGAGCUCUCUCGCUCCCUCCCCCAAUUUCAAACUAACUCUGCAAAUUUGAAGAACAGCCGGAAAAAUCCCACAUUUCCCAUUCCAUCAACAAACCCACAAACAAAAUGCGCCUUCUUCUUCUUUUCCUCUGUCUUCUCCAACUCCAACUCCACAUUCACCAUUCUCUUUCUGCUGGUGUUUCUGAGUAUCGUGCCCUUCUCUCCCUCAAAAUCUCCAUUAAUGGCGACCCCAAAUCCUCUCUCUCUUCCUGGAACGCCUCCACCAGUCACUGUACUUGGUUUGGGGUCACUUGCGAUUUCCGUCGCCAUGUCAUUGCCUUAGACCUCUCUGGUCUCGGCCUUUCCGGUUCCCUUUCCCCUGAUGUUGCCUUUUUAAGAUUUCUUACUAAUCUUUCUCUUGCUGCCAAUGAGUUUUCUGGUCCAAUCCCGCUGGAGAUUUCUUCACUCUCUUACCUUCGGUUCCUUAACCUCUCUAAUAAUGUGUUCGAUGGAUCGUUCCCUUCGCGGCUUUCAGAGCUCCAGAAUCUGCAGGUUCUUGACUUGUAUAACAACAAUAUGACUGGAGAUUUCCCCGUUGUGAUCACUGAAAUGUUGAGCCUUCGCCAUCUGCAUUUGGGUGGAAAUUUCUUUACCGGACGGAUCCCGUCGGAGGUUGGUCGGCUGCAGUCUUUGGAGUACUUGGCGGUUUCCGGUAACGAACUUGGCGGUCCGAUACCGCCCGAGAUUGGAAACUUGAAGAACCUUCGAGAGCUCUACAUUGGCUACUUUAACGCCUACGACGGCGGUAUUCCGGCCGAGAUUGGGAAUUUGUCGGAGUUGGUACGGUUGGACGCUGCGAACUGUGGACUGUCUGGACGGAUUCCGCCGGAGCUCGGAAAGCUGAAGAGCCUUGAUACUCUGUUUCUCCAAGUUAAUGCUCUAUCUGGGCCACUGACGCCGGAGAUUGGAGAGUUGAACAACUUGAAGUCGUUGGAUUUGUCGAACAAUAUGCUUGUGGGUGAGAUUCCCGUAUCGUUCGCCGAGUUGAAGAACUUGACGCUGUUGAAUCUGUUUAGAAACAAGCUACAUGGGGGGAUUCCAUCCUUUAUUGGCGACUUGCCGAAGCUGGAGGUGUUGCAGUUAUGGGAGAAUAAUUUCACGGAAGCGAUUCCACAGAACCUGGGGAAGAACGGAAUGCUUCGGAUUCUGGAUAUUUCUUCCAACAAGCUGACUGGAACUCUCCCUCCUGAUGUUUGCUACGGUAAUCGGCUUCAAACUCUGAUCGCAUUGAGCAAUUUUUUGUUCGGUCCAAUUCCAGAAUCGCUAGGCAAAUGCGUUUCACUUAAUCGUAUCCGUAUGGGGGAAAAUUUUCUCAAUGGAUCCAUUCCGAAGGGGCUUCUGAGUCUGCCCAAGCUCUCUCAGGUGGAGUUACAGGACAAUUUUCUCUCCGGCGAAUUCCCAAUAACCGACUCAAUCUCAAAGAAUCUCGGCCAGAUUAGUCUCUCGAACAACCGACUCACUGGGUCGAUUCCACCUACAAUCGCCAACUUCUCCGGCGUCCAGAAACUACUUCUCGACGGAAACAAGUUCUCCGGUCAAAUCCCACCUGAGAUUGGGCGGUUACAGCAACUUUCGAAGAUUGAUUUCAGUAACAAUAAGUUAUCGGGUCCAAUCGCGCCGGAUAUUAGCCAAUGCAAGCUUCUAACCUUCGCCGAUCUCAGUCGAAACAAGCUCUCGGGAGAAAUUCCGAUCGAGAUUACCAGUAUGAGGAUAUUAAAUUACCUGAAUCUCUCAAGAAACCAUUUAGUCGGCGGAAUCCCUGCUUCCAUAGCCAGAAUGCAGAGUUUAACCUCUGUGGAUUUCUCAUAUAACAACCUCUCUGGUUUAGUUCCGGUAACUGGGCAAUUCAGUUACUUCAAUUAUACUUCGUUUGUGGGCAAUCUCGAUCUCUGCGGACCAUAUUUGGGGCCAUGCAAAGAUGGGGUUGCCAAUAGCAAUUACCAACAACGCUUCAAGGGCCCCCUCUUUGCUUCCCUCAAGCUCCUCCUUGUAAUUGGUCUGCUUCUUUGCUCAAUUGCAUUUGCAGUUGCUGCCAUCAUCAAAGCUCGAUCGCUAAAGAAAGCCAGUGAGUCUCGGGCUUGGAAAUUAACAUCCUUCCAACGCCUAGAUUACACCGUUGAUGAUGUUCUUGAUUGCUUGAAAGAGGAUAACAUUAUUGGAAAAGGAGGGGGUGGCAUUGUCUAUAAAGGGGUGAUGCCAAGUGGUGACCAUGUCGCCGUCAAAAGGCUGCCAGCUAUGAGCCGUGGAUCGUCCCACGACCAUGGAUUCAACGCUGAGAUACAAACUCUUGGGAGGAUUCGACACCGACAUAUCGUUAGACUAUUGGGGUUUUGUUCAAACCAUGAGACUAAUCUUUUGAUUUAUGAGUAUAUGCCUAAUGGGAGCUUGGGGGAAGUUCUUCAUGGCAAAAAAGGGGGUCACCUUCAAUGGGAUACAAGGUACAAGAUUGCUAUUGAAGCCGCUAAAGGGCUUUGCUAUCUCCACCACGAUUGCUCGCCACUCAUUGUUCAUCGCGACGUGAAAUCAAACAACAUACUUCUUGACACUAAUUUUGAAGCUCAUGUCGCUGAUUUUGGUCUGGCCAAGUUCUUACAGGAUUCCGGCACUUCUGAGUGCAUGUCUGCUAUUGCUGGUUCUUAUGGAUAUAUUGCCCCAGAAUACGCCUACACACUAAAAGUCGACGAGAAGAGUGAUGUAUAUAGCUUUGGAGUCGUCUUGUUGGAGCUUGUUAGUGGAAGAAAACCGGUCGGAGAAUUUGGUGAUGGUGUGGACAUAGUUCAAUGGGUUAGAAAAAUGACAGACUCAAACAAGGAAGAGGUAGUGAAAAUCCUUGAUCCAAGGCUCUCCUCCAUUCCUCGCCACGAAGUGAUGCACGUCUUCUACGUCGCAAUGCUGUGCGUUGAAGAACAGGCAGUAGAGCGCCCGACAAUGCGAGAAGUGAUCCAAAUCCUAUCGGAGAUUCCACAGCCACCAUGUUCAAAACGGGAAGACUCAACACUACCCAACUCCUCACCACCACCACCAACACCAGCAUUAGCCGCCGCAUUAGACAUUCAAACAACAGGACCCGAGAACAAAAAAGACCAGCAGCAGCAGCAGCAGCAGCCGCCAGCAGAUCUUCUUAGCACUUGAACACAACUGGGUUGGGGUUGGUAGUGUCUACUGUCUAUCAUUAAAAGAAAAGAAAGAAGACAGCUUAGGCUCUUGUAGCUGCGAUGUCGUUAAUUAUCUUUUGGGGGAGGAGGGGAUUAAGGUUUACGGUAGUAAUGUUGUUCAAAGGUUUCUUCUUUUCUCAUUAAUUUUCGCUAAUUUUUCCA